AUGGAACAGCAACCGACGACAACAUCUCAAGCCUGUAAAAUAUGCAGUGCGCCGGCGAAUUUCACAAAUUUCGGAGCCAUUUCCUGUUCAUCGUGUAAGAUGUUUUUCAAACGAAACGCUGAAUCAAAACAGGAUUCUUUUCAAUGUGAUCUAAAAAACAAGUGUGAUAUUAAUAUUCACAGUCGACGGGCAUGUCCCGCCUGUCGACUAAAGAAGUGUUUCGCCGUAGGGAUGCAGAUCGAGCUGAUACGUGGCUCGAGGUUGAGAAAAAACGUGAAGCGCCGGCACAACACUGACAACAUAGAGUUAAAAUUACCCAACUGGAAACAAAAUACUAAUCUAUCAUCACAAUUACCAACAGUAAAUUUAUUACGUUCAGAUCAGUCGACGUUGACAACGAACCAAUGGACUCUUCUUUCGAAUUUACUUCACUGUUACGACGAAUACAGUGGAGUUGAGAAUGCUCUACAGUUUCGGCAUGAACAACGAUGUUUUCCAUUGAGAUUACGCUACAAGUUGACAUCGACGACUGAGUUUGUCACAUUGAAUAUGACACGAAUGCAGCAGAUGUUCGAGAAAAAUGACGAUUUUCGUUCGAUUAGAUGUUGUGAUCGCUCAAUUCUUCUUCGAAAUACCGUCAAAAAUACUGAAUGUAUUGGUGCAACAUUUGCAUUAUAUCAAGCUGGACUUCUCCACGAUCCUCUCUUUUAUCAAACGACUGCAACGAUAUUCGGAGUUGAUAUUAUGCUGAAGAUUCUACACUUAAUUGAAAGUUUCGAUUCUGAUGCAACAUUUGUCAAAUUAGUUCUCGUGAUUAUCGCCUUCUCAACUACGAAAUAUACCGUUUAUCCCGACUGGGCCUGCAAUGAACUGACCGAUUCGAAACGCAUCUUACAAAUUCAUGAUUCUUAUCUUGAAAUAGCGUGGAAAUACAUGGUGUAUAAAUAUACUUAUCAGCAAGCUGUUCUCAGAUUCUGUCAUCUUCUCAAAUGUUUACUGCGAGUGAAUCGUACAAUAGUAGAAGUUGAUCAGAUUCGAGAAUACAAGAAUAUAAUCGAAACCGUUGUUGAACAAACGAACAAAUUCUCAAUAAACAAUUAG